CCCAGGUCGAGAGUUUAGAGUUCAUGUUAGUUACUUGGUUGUCCAGAGAGAUGCAGUGUAUGAUUUAUUGUCUACAUCCAAUUCGUACAUGCAGCUCAAUGUACUUGAGGAUAAUAUGGGUAAUGUUGUGAUCCCAGGCCUAAAUGUCAUAGAUUGCAGCAACAUAACUGAAGUAUUUAACUGCCUUGAAGCAGGACUUGUCCAUCGACAUACUGCAGCAGUGCAAAGCCAUGACCCUUCAAGUUCACAUGCUAUAUUUUCUCUUAUACUAGAGCAUCAGUGGAUGGACCCUGAUGGCAAAUUGAAAUAUCUGUAUUCUCGUAUGAAUUUUGUUGACCUUGGUGGCUCAGAGCGUUUAAUGCAGUUUGGCUAUGGUGACUAUGGACUUCAAAGUGAGGAUUCGUUCUUUCUUAAUUCUGACCUGAAGGCCCUAGGCAGUGUCAUACAUUGUCUAGCAGAUCAAAAUUAUGUAGGACAUAUACCAUAUAGGGAAUCAAGGCUUACCCAUAUAUUAAAGGAUGCAUUUGGAGGUAACAGCCUAUGUUUGAUGGUUUGCUGCUUGUCUCCCUCUUCUAAAAAUUUUGAUGCAACUUUUAACACACUGAAGUAUGGAGCUUUGGCCAGGUACAUCCUUAAUUGUCCUGCAGUAAAUAUGGCUAUUCAGAAUAGUGCCAGAGCAUCUACAGCAACAGGCACUCCAGUUUCUGCUCCAACUCAGCCCCAGUCAGGAAGUCGUCAGUCUAUGGUAACGGGUAUUCAAAGUAGCGUGCAGCAAUCUUUAGGGACAAAUGAGACAUCAGUCACUGCUUUAGAAGAAACUGCAUCUGUUGACACGGAGGAUGUUUUUAAGCUUCAGUUUGCAGCCUCCCAGUGGCAACAACUUGUAUCAAGUGCAGAGGAUUUGUUGUCUGAAAUUCUCAAGAGUACUACAGUAUCACAGAAUGAAAAAAUGCAAAUCGAAACCUGGCUCUGUAUGAAAGCCGAGGCUGAGGAAUGUAUUGGUGCAGACCUUGGACCUUUGCGUUUUAACAGUGCAGCUAAUAGAGUGUUAGAGGUAAUUGAAGAACUGUCAGAACCUGAAGGAAAUAAUGUUACCUUGUCUACCUCUGAUGAUCCACACUCAGACAGUGAAGUGUCUUCUAUGUCUUCUUUAGGAGAAGAGUUUUAUGACCAGUUGGCAGUGUUGAGGGGUCGUUUUCGAACAAUAACGGACGAGGAGGUCGAAAAAGUCCAAGACUCCUGUGAUACUUAUAGCAAAGUAAGGCAGAGUGCAGAAAGAAGAAAGUCUGAGCUUUUAAGUGAAUGUAAAAGUGAUUCAAAAAAUGAAUCUAGAAAGUCUUCCAGGCAUUCCAGAAAAGGCUCUGACUCGGCCACUUCACGCAGGGGUCUUCAAAUGGCUCCGAGAAAGACUCGAGAUAGUGCUAAUUGUAAUUCACUGAGACGCAAUGCCUCAUUGGUAUCUCAGUUAUCGUCUGUGAUACAGAAAGAAAAAAGCCUCAAGGGAUGUGAGGACGUUAUUGAUGCUAGUCAGUCGUUAAGGUCAAGUAUAUCAGAUUCAGAAUCCGACAGAGAAAGUGAAACCAGAGACCAUUCACCUUCAGACAUUUCAAGAUUGUCGCAAGAUUCAAACACCUCAAAACACAAGUCUGAAGUCAAUCAAAAUGAUGAGGAUAAUGCUGGUGGAAAUAUUAUAGCUGAAGUAAAAAGAUUAUCUGCUUCCCAGGACUCCAAGAGGGGUAAGAUCCGUAGGGUUAGCGUAGAGUUAAGAGCAGCACAGCAAAGAUUGAAGCAGUUGAAUGCCACCAUCAGACUCAAAGAAGCUUUUAUUCGUGAACUGAUGCGUAGCGAAGGAGAGGCUGAAGUAACAAAACGAAAGUGUGAAGUGAAGAUGGAGCGCUUAGAAAAAGAGGUCCAGCGUGCACGUCAACUUUAUCAAGAGGCUCAAAACCAGUUAGCAGAAUAUCGAGAGGGAGAGUCCACCGAUGUCAGUCAGCUGCGCAGUCGUGUCGAUGCAUUGAAGAAGGAGAUUUCUCAUUACCAGAAAAAGUUGAACACUUUAGAGAAAGUGUCCCUGAUAUCUCAGCAAGGAGAUUCAAAGGUAGGGGAAUUGGAGAACAGUGUACGAGAAAUGAGAAGGCAACAAGAAGAAUUACAGAUCAGACUUAGGGAAGAGAUGCAACGAAAAGAAGAGCUGGAGCAGCAGCUGUUUGUGGAUCAGCGUCGCAUAAGAGAUUUAGAAAUAAGGAUGAAGCAAGAGGUUGAAUCAGACAGUGAUCGAGGAUGGCUAGCUGAAGAAGAGGAACGGAUCUUGAAAAUGCGUGAAGCCACACAACAGUUGGAAAAUGAAGUGAAAUUACGUGAGGAGGCAGUCAAACAACGAGAACGUAUGCACAAAGAAAAACUUAGACUUCAGUCAUCACGAACUCAAGCUGAGGCUGUUGACGAGGAUGAAAUCUCAGAAAACCUCAUAGAACGACGUGAGUCUGACCUGCGAGAAGAAAUCUCCCACCUUCGUACUGCCAGAGAUUCUCUCAUGGUGCGCAGGCAAAAGUUGGAUAGAAGAAUUCAUAGGAGUCGAGGUAGAGGAGUUGGAACAAGGGAAGAAAGACGCUUGCUUGAGCUCGAUGAAGCCAUUGAAGCAGUUGAUGCUGCUAUCGAGUAUAAGAAUGAGGUUAUAUGUGGACGAACUAGAGAACUCAAGUCUACUGCAAAGCUUCUAAGUCAGGAUAAUCUCAUGGAUCGUCUAAUGAAUCUUUGUCCGGAAGAAAUGAGAUCGUUGCUUGUAAAAUACUUUAACAAAGUGAUUGACCUUCGCAUUGAGUUCCGCAAACAAGAAAUUGCUUUCUCAGACUUAGAGGCUCAGUAUGAUGAACAGUCAAGAUAUAUCAGUGACUUGAAAGCUGCAUACCAACAAGCAAGUUUGGAAGUAGAGAGAAGAAUUACUUGCCAACAGCGGGACUAUCAGCAGAAGAUUGCAACACUUCUAAGGCAGUUCAAUGAUGAUUCAUCAGGGUCAGGAGCUCACGAGUUCCGUCUCAGAGAAAUGGAAACUCAACUCUUUUACUAUAAGAAACUCAGCCGCGACCUGAAGGCCAAAAUCCGACAAUAUAGUGAAGAAUCAAGAAAUGAAAGAUUAAGAGAUGAUGAGCCUGGCCCAUCUUAUCAACCCAUGCCAACUAGUUCAGUGCAUCCAGAAGCAGAUCCAUCCGGUCGUCGUCGUCCUCUGCUGCCUUCUCGCCCAGGUGCUCUGUUGUUGCCAAAACGGACACGCAUCCAAGCUGCUGAACAAGCGGCAAAGCAUCCACCAUCACAGACCAAAGUAACAAGAGAGAAGAAUAAAAUUAUCAUUCAACAGAAGUCUGAUAGACAGGGUAAAAAGGGUCAGUGAGUUUUGGGGUGUAUGGGUAAAGUUGAAACAACUAAUGGUGAUGGUAUACUGUGAAAGUGUUUUGAGUGUAUCUCACGUAUUAUGUACCUGUGUUUUGUUUGAUAAGACUUAUGAAAAAGUUGGUGUGUUCAGGUUUAUAGUCAUUAUAGUUUGCUCCUUAUGAGAAUAAGGGGCUCUAUAGAAAACGAACGAUACCUAGUCUACUUACAUUAGUAUAAAAGAAAUGUUACUCGAAUCAGGGGGAACUUGCAGGAAUUUUCAUGACCUAGCACAGAGGGAUGCUUUAACAUUUUAUGGAGGUGGCAAAGGCUCUUAAGUCAUGUAUAUGAUUUUUGUACAUGAACUUCCCUGCCAGAUAUAUACUUAGCUUAGGUCUC